CCCGCCACAGAGUUUGCUCGCCAAUUCUCAACACCUACCAACCCAACUCAUUCGCAAUGGCACCCAAACCUGCUUCCACUGCUGGCAAAGCCCCAUCCACCGCCUCUAAGGCGCCUGUCGCAGAUAAGUCAGCGACUAAGACCGCGAAGAAGACCGCGCCGGGUGAUGGCGACAAGAAAAAGAAGAGGAGGGUCCGUAAGGAGACUUACUCGUCUUACAUCUACAAGGUCCUUAAGCAGGUCCACCCCGAUACUGGUAUCUCCAACAAGGCGAUGGCUAUUUUGAACUCAUUCGUCAACGAUAUCUUCGAGCGCAUUGCAGGCGAAGCUUCCAAGCUCGCAUCCUACUCCAAAAAGUCGACCAUCUCAUCACGAGAAAUCCAAACUUCCGUCCGCCUCAUCCUCCCUGGUGAACUCGCCAAGCACGCUAUUUCCGAGGGUACGAAGUCCGUAACGAAGUUCUCGAGCGCAAACCCUAAGUAAACGGUUUUGUGUACUGAUGUAUUACCACACUACAUGUAUUCAUAUUUAUAAUAUCGAUACUAUCGGCUUCUUGGAAGUUCUAGUGUGACUUGUCA